CACUCAUUCAUUGGCCAAAUCGAAGCACGUACGAGUGCGGCCAUUCGUUUUGGUCAGCCACAACUGGUUGUUGUGGUCAACAGCAAGAGCUCAUCCAUCUUUAUCUGCUUAUAAUGACCAACUCACUGGAUAUUUUCGACAUUUGCAGACUUGACGUCAUCAUCUACGGAUCAGCUCGACUUACUACAAUGAUACUUCGAAAUACGAAUACUGUUGGCCAGUUGCUGCUGCUGUUUGUCUAUGCUGGACGCACAAUUUUCUCCAGCGCCAAGACGAUCCCCAGCGAACAGCUGAAAAUGGCACUACCAGAGCCACGGGCUUAUCUACCAGACGCACAGAAUCUCGACUUUGUUUAUCAUGAUCACGAGGAGCUUACGCGAUUUUUAAGAGCAACAAGUGCACGGUACCCAAAUCUAACCGCUUUGUACUCGAUUGGCAAGUCAAUUCAAGGACGGGAUCUGUGGGUGAUGGUGGUCAGUUCGUCACCGUAUGAGCAUAUGGUUGGCAAGCCGGAUGUCAAAUAUGUGGGCAAUAUUCAUGGCAAUGAGCCCGUGGGCAGGGAAAUGCUGCUCCAUCUCAUUCAGUAUUUUGUGAGCAGCUAUAAUGCGGAUCAGUAUGUAAAAUGGUUGCUGGAUAAUACGCGCAUUCACAUAUUGCCUACCAUGAAUCCGGACGGCUAUGCGGUGUCCAAGGAGGGUACCUGCGAUGGUGGUCAGGGACGUUACAAUGCGCGUGGCUUCGAUUUGAAUCGCAAUUUUCCGGAUUAUUUCAAGCAGAACAAUAAACGUGGACAGCCCGAAACAGAUGCAGUCAAGGACUGGAUAUCAAAAAUACAGUUUGUCCUUAGUGGCAGCCUGCAUGGUGGCGCUUUAGUUGCCAGCUAUCCCUACGACAAUACGCCCAACUCCAGGCUGCUUAAAGGAAUCUGCCGUUCGUCCGCCCUGUGCGCGAUGUUCCAGACCUAUUCGGCGGCACCGUCACUAACGCCCGAUGAUGAUGUCUUUAAGCAUAUAUCGUUGGUGUAUGCGCGCAACCAUGCUAAAAUGUCCAGGGGCGUGGCAUGCAAGUCGGCAACACCAGCCUUUGAAAAUGGCAUCACAAACGGUGCAGCCUGGUAUCCACUGACGGGUGGCAUGCAGGAUUACAAUUAUGUUUGGUAUGGCUGCAUGGAGAUCACCCUGGAGAUAUCCUGCUGCAAAUUUCCGCCAGCCUACGAGCUUAAGAAGUACUGGGAGGACAAUCAGUUGUCUCUCAUAAAAUUCCUGGCAGAGGCACAUCGUGGCGUGCAGGGCUUCGUCUUCGAUCCAGCGGGCAUGCCCAUUGAACGUGCCUCAAUUAAGAUAAAGGGACGCGACGUUGGCUUUCAGACAACGAAGUACGGUGAAUUCUGGCGCAUAUUGUUGCCUGGCUACUACAAGGCCGAGGUCUUUGCCGAGGGAUACGUGCCCCGAGAAGUGGAGUUCGUCAUUGUCGAGCAGCAUCCCACAUUGCUCAAUGUUACAUUACAGGCAUCCAAAUAUAUUAUUUCACCUAGAGCUUCCACGACCGCGACCACCACAACCAUCAGCGUGACGACGCCACUUACACAGCGCCAGCUGGUGAAUGAUAAGCUGCAGUUGACCCAGGAGUAGAGUGAACGGGCAAAAACGAUAGCCAACUUAAUAUAUAUUUAGUCACAGUAACAAGUGCACACUUCCAUGGGUAGGAUAAAUUGAAUUUAUUGACCAAUGCUUAGGAUUAAACUCUACUACUACUAGCCAAAGUGUAUCAACCACAGUCACGCACACACACACGACAUUGGUUUGGUUAUAAUAUGAUAACCAUACAAAGCUUAAACGCUUUAUUAUAAAAUGAGCAAAGGAAUGUAAUUUUCUUGGUUUUGGUUUUUUUAAUACUAAAUCUACUUGGCUUGGCUUAAUCAUAAAGUAGAGAUUGAAAUGUAUAAACAAUGCACCUGAUCCAAAGCCAGUAAUAAUAUUAUAUAUAAGUGUUAUUGUCGUUAAUAAUGUUGUUGUAAAAUCUAAUUCUAAUUUAUGGAUUUUAAUUGUGGACAAUAAAUAAUGUUGGAACAGUAGCAGCUGCUACGCACUUGAA